GACAAAUACUGAAGAAACUGCUUUCAUCUGACAACUGUUGAAAGAUAAAGAUCUAACUCUUGACAUCAUGACAUCCAAGGUUACUACACUGAAGUGUCUCCCUCCAUCAGUCAGGCCCACUCUGGUCAUGUUUCUCAUUCUUAUACCAACUCUGUGCAGUGCCAUUAAGGUGAACUGCUCUCAGCCAAACCAACCUGCCCUGAUGGAGGCUCUGACUCCAGUCUUUAACCUGAGCGCCAUACGGCCCGUCAUGAACAUGACAACCUGCACCAACGUCAGCACAUUCUUCACCAUGUAUGGGAUACUAGGAGUGGAGGAAAAGACUCAACUCUUGAUCACUUACAUUUGGCUAAAUUAUUGGUGGAUGAACGAGUUGGUCAGUUGGGACCCAAUCCAGUGUGGCACCAACAAGAUUUCUCUUCCCAGAGACAAUUUUUGGGUACCUGAUAUUGUGAUCAAUGAAUUUAUGGAUGAAAACACCGCUCCUUUUGUCCCGUAUGUGUACCUGUAUAACGAUGGUUGGAUUCACAAUGCUCUUCCAGUUAAAGUCGUCAGUUCCUGUAACCUCGAUAUCUACACCUUCCCUUUCGACAUACAAAACUGUACUUUGACUUUCAACUCCUACAUCCACUUGGCAAUGGACAUAAAGAUUUUCCUGGGGAAGUCUGCAGAAAAAAUCACACAGAACUCUAAGGAGGUGAUGACCACCAUGGGGGAGUGGGAGCUGCUGGAAAUCACCUCCCACAAGCCCAGCACAGGACUUGAUGACCAUGAUUACAUUGAUGAGCUUGCAUUUCAUAUCAGAGUGAGGCGCCGGGCCACCCUGUAUGUGGUGAACCUGCUGAUCCCCAGCUGCUUCCUCAUCACAGUGGACCUCUUCAGCUUCCUGCUGCCUCCCCAGAGUGUAGACCGAUCCUCCUUCAAGAUGACUCUCAUCCUGGGUUACACAGUCUUCCUGCUCAUCAUGAACGACCUGCUGCCUAUCACUGGAGACACCAUACCUCUCAUAAAUGUGUUCUUCUCCAUCUGCCUGGCUUUGAUGGUGGCCAGUCUACUGGAGACUAUCCUCAUUACCAAUCUGCUGUAUGGCUCCGCUGACUUCUCUCCUGUCCCUUGCUGGGUCCGAGUGUUUGUUCUGCAAAUUCUGGGCUGUUUUGUUUGCCUGCCUCAGAAGACUAAAGAACCAAAGGAUUCAGACAUGAAACCUGUGGUGGCAAAGCGAAAAGCUGAUGAGGGACCUCCAAAGGACCAGGGGCCAGCAGUCGAGGACAAGGCCCUUCAGGAGAUGAGGAGCUUGGGCAUGGACCUCCAGGCCAUCCGCCUCCAGGUGGAGCAGCAGCUGGGUGGAAGCCAGAAAUCAGAGGAAUGGAUCCAGUGCUGCCCGCUGAAAGUCAGACCUUCUAAGGUUCUAUUCAUCUUCAUCUCUGUGCUCAUGCAUGCUCCAUGCAGUUCCAUCAUGCUGAACUGCUCUCAACCUGACCCACCUUCCCUGCUGGAGGCUCUCAGACCGGUCUUCAGCCUGAGCUCCAUUCGACCUGUCAUGGAUAUGUCAACCCCCACCAACGUCAACAUUAGCUUCACCCUGUAUGGUAUUUUGGGAGUGGAUGAAAAGGCCCAAGUCCUGACAACAUUUAUCUGGCAAUCUUUAAAAUGGAGAAAUGAGUUUGUCAGGUGGGACCCAGAACAGUGUGGUUCUUCACAGAUUACGAUUCCAAGGAAACUGCUCUGGGUACCAGAUGUGGUCAUCAAUGAAUUUAUGGAGAAGAACUCAGCUCCAUUUGUCCCCUACAGCUAUCUGUUUUCUGAUGGCUUAGUGCUUGAUGACCAGCCUGUCAAAGUGGUUAGCUCCUGUAGGCUCGACAUCUACAUGUUUCCAUUUGACAUCCAGAACUGCAGUUUAAGCUUCAACUCCUACUUACACAGUAUUACUGCUCUGCAGAUUGGCCUCAUAUUAUCUGUAGAGGAAAUAUUAAAAUACUCUAAAGAAGUAAUGACAACUAUGGGUGAGUGGGAACUAGUUGGAAUCACAGUGAAGAAAUACCAACUACCAGCCUCGAAUGGAGACAUUUACGAAGAGAUUCGCUUCUUUAUCGCUUUGAGGCGCCGGGCCACCCUGUAUGUGGUGAACCUGCUGAUCCCCAGCUGCUUCCUCAUCACAGUGGACCUCUUCAGCUUCCUGCUGCCUCCCCAGAGUGUAGACCGAUCCUCCUUCAAGAUGACCCUCAUCCUGGGCUACACAGUCUUCCUGCUCAUCAUGAACGACCUGCUGCCUAUCACUGGAGACACCAUACCUCUCAUAAAUGUGUUCCUGACUCUUUGCCUGGCUAUGAUGGUGGCAAGUCUACUGGAGACUAUAAUCAUCACCAACCUGCUGUGUGGCUCCGCUCACUACUCUCCAGUCCCUCGCUGGGUCCAAGUGUUUGUUCUUCACAUCCUGGGCCCCCUGGUAUGGCUUCCUCCAAAGCCCAGAGGUCUAGAGGACACUGUCAUCCAAAAUUCUGCUGCACAAGAAAUGAAAGUCUCCUCUCUGGUGGCAGAGGACAGCAAGGCUUCAGAACAGAAGGGAAUGCUGGAUGAGGACAAGGCCCUUCAGGAGCUGAGGAGCCUGGGCAGGGACCUCCGGGCCCUCCACCUUAUGGUGGAGCAGCAGCUGGGCAGAAGCCAGAGCUCGGAGGAGUGGAUCCAGGUGGGUUUCAUCACAGACCGCCUGCUGUUCGGCCUCUACAUCCUCUUCAUAUCAGUCAGCUUCAUUACCAUCAUCAUUAUCUGGGUGAACUCAUACAACAGAUUCUAAAUUAAGUUUUAGAGUUUUAUUUUAUGAAUUAUUAUUUGUUAACAUGCUUUGUCAUAUUCCUUGUUAAUUAUUAAGCAUAGAGGAAACAUAAAGGUUGGUUGAACUAUUUGAAGGUAAUGUGUUACACCUCUCCACUGAAUUUUCCCCCUUUCACAAUUCAUUUUAAUGUUUUAAUGUAAUGUGUUAUUGGUUUUCUUUUAUUAUGUGUUAGGGCACUGAGGCUCUGAAACCAAUAUCUGUUUUGUUUGAAAUUCCUGCUGACUCUUCGGUUGCAUGGUCAGUUAAGCAACAAAUAUUUGCAUGCUUCAACGAACAAUUGGACCUACAGUAAUCCCUCUACCAGAUGUGUCUGCUGCUAGAACUCUGUGUGGCAUUGACCUGGUCUCUAAUCUGAGCUGCUGUUAACCUGCGAUUUCUGAGGCUGGUGACUCGGAUGAAUUUAUCCUCCGCAGCAGAGGUGACUCUUGGUCUUCCUUUCCUGGGGCGGUCCGCAUGUGAGCCAGUUUCUUUGUAGCGCUUGAUGGUUUUUGUGACUACACUUUCAAAGUUUUCCCAAUUUUUCGGACUGACUGACCUUCAUUUCUUAAAGUAAUGAUGGCCACUCGUUUUUCUUUACUUAGCUGCUUUUUUCUUGCCAUAAUACAAAUUCUAACAGUCUAUUCAGUAGGACUAUCAGCUGUGUAUCCACCUGACUUCUGCACAACACAACUGAUGGUCCCAACCCCAUUUAUAAGGCAAGAAAUCACACUUAUUAAACCUGACAGGGCACACCUGUAAAGUGAAAACCAUUUCAGGUGACUACCUCUUGAAGCUCAUCAAGAGAAUGCCAAGAGUGUGCAAAGCAGUAAUCAAAGCAAAAGGUGGCUACUUUGAAGAACCUAGAAUAUGACAUAUUUUCAGUUGUUUCACACUUUUUUGUUAUGUAUAUAAUUCCACAUGUGUUAAUUCAUAGUUUU